UGGAGGUAAACAACAUGGCGGAAAGACAAAGUGACGUAUAAUAACGUUCGACUCGAAAAACACACUCAGAAAACACUCAAAAUGGCAUCGUCUUACUUCCCAGGCUCGGGGGAUAUCAUUAAUCUCAAUGUUGGUGGACAGAGAUUUAGCACAUCCAGACAUACACUCACGUGGGUUCCCGAUACAUUUUUUACAUCACUUCUGUCGGGCCGAAUCUCAACUUUGAGGGAUGAAUCAGGGGCUAUUUUCAUUGACCGAGACCCCUCCCUCUUCAGCACAAUCCUUAACUAUCUCCGCACUCGUGAUCUCAACAUAUCCAUCGUUGAUAUCAGUGCAUUAAGACAUGAGGCGGAAUAUUACGGCAUUGCUCCCCUAGUGAAACGGCUGAUGCUCUGCCAAGACCUGCACCAUUCAUCGUGUGGGGACGUCCUUUUCUGUGGAUACCUUUCACCUCCAAGCAUUCCAAUCCAGGAGCCUCCCACCCCGUCCAUCUCUGACAGCCAAAACAGGGCCACAGUCAAUGCAAACAACAGUCCAGGUGGAGUCGUGCGUCUCCCGGAGGCACCUGCAGCGAGUGGGGGGGUUCCAGGGCCAGGAGGUGGAGCUGUGGCUGUCCCGAGGCCAGGCCAUUCACGCAAUUCCUCCCUGGACAUGCGCCAUAAUCCCCAGAUAGUUGGGCAAGGUCUCCACAAUAAUGCGUAUCCUGGCCAUAUUUCACGAAGUUCAAGCGACCUCCGCAGCCAUGCGGCUCGGUCACACUCUCGCACACCGUCAAUGGAUCUACGGCACUCACGCAACUCUUCUGCUGAUUUGAACAAGUUCUUCAAAACAGAGAUUGGUGUUCUGAAUAAUGUUGGGCCUCCAGGUUCAAGUUGGGUCGACCCGCUUCGCGUGCGGAUGGUCAAAGCCCACCACAACUGGAUCCUUGUAGCAUACGCACAUUUCGUCACUUGUUACAGUGCUGUCAAUCGCUGGAACAAAGAUAGCACAGGCUGGCAGCUAGCUUUCACAUCCCCACACAUUGACCAGCUGAUUGAGCGCGCAGCUUUAAAUGCUAAGCUGUCUCCUCCCAGCCAAGGGGGUGAGGCGGGCCAGAAAAUGCUCGCCAUUUCCUACACUUCACACAUAAGGUUGUGGGGCAUCUCAGAGGAUGGGACGCGGAAUGACAUCGGCACCUUCAACCUGGGAGUACCUGUGGAGUAUCUGUUCUUCAUUGGGUCGCAGCUGGUGGCUCUGUCCUCAGUGGGGAAGAUUGGGGUGUGGCAUGCCAUGACCCAGCACUGGCAGAUCCAGGAGGUCCUGCCCAUUGCCUCCUUCGACACAGCUGGCUCCUUCCUCCUCCUUGGAUGCACUAAUGGUUCAAUCUAUUAUAUAGACAUGCAGAAAUUCCCACUGCGAAUGAAGGACAAUGACCUCCUAGUCACAGAACUCUACCACGACCCGUCCAAUGAUAUUAUCACAGCUAUCUCAGUGUACCUCACUCCAAAGACAAACGUGUGCGGGAACUGGAUUGAAAUCGCUUAUGGAACAAGCUCCGGAACAGUGCGUGUGAUUGUCCAGCAUCCAGAGACAGUUGGCCAUGGACCACAGCUCUUCCAGACUUUCACUGUUCACAGAUUUCCUGUAACCAAGGUCACUCUCUCAGAGAAGCUCCUUAUUAGUGUUUGCAGUGAAUACAACCAUGUUCGCACUUGGUCUGUUACAAGGUUUAGGGGCAUGAUCUCUACUCAGCCUGGGUCAACGCCUCUCUCUUCUUAUAAGAUUCUUACAAUUGAUGAAGUAGAUCCCAAUAUAUAUUAUGCCAUUGCUAAUGAUUGUGGGCCUUAUGGUGAGCAAGAUGAUGAACAAGUGUUUAUCCAAAAGGUAGUCCCAGACACUGACCAGCUCUUUGUUCGCCUAGCAAGCAAUGGGAAAAGAGUAUGUGUCAUUAAGUCAGUGGACAACACAACCAUUAGUGGCUUUUGUGUGCACGAGUGUGAGGGAAGCAGCCGCAUGGGCUCGAGGCCGCGCAGAUACAUAUUCACAGGCCAUUCAAAUGGGGCAAUACAGAUGUGGGACCUGACCACGGCCUUGGAGCUGUGCAAUAAAGGUAGUGAUGCAGGCUUGGGCAUCAAUGGAGGCCCCGAACCAUCUGAGCUUCUCCGCCUGCUGGACGUGUGUGACUUGAGUAAUUCCUCGUGCACAACGCCGUGUCUUUCUCCCUCACCCCUCACCCCAGCCAAUGCCCCCCCCCCCACCAACGCCCAUACCCCAACACAGGCCACCUCCACCACACCUCCGGCCCCUCCCACCUACAGCAGCCCAGUGCAAGCUAUCUAGCAAGCCCCUCGACAAGCAGCAGUCCCCAGCCACACCAGGGCCCCCUCCUCAAGCCAGCCAAUGUUGCAUUCCUCUCCCAUAGUCAGAGCACAUCAACCCGGGGAAAUCAGGCCAACUCCUCCAAUGAAGACGAAGAUGAGGGCACGGCUUGUUGAUGGUUCAAGACCGAUAUUGUGGCGAUUGUGGCCGAGAAGAUCAGUACGUGAGUGUUUUACCAAGAGGCAGUGAGAGUGCCUUGUGUGGAAGAGGAAAAUUCACUAUGUGGGGAUCCAUGGUGUAUAUAUCCAUUGAUGGGGAUUCGUACUAGUGGGGCUGAUUUUCCAAUGUAUUCUCUUCAUUGGAGUGGAGGGCAGAUUGUGAAGCAGUGUUUAGUAUCUAUUACCCCAUUCAGGAAGUUGUGACUAGACAAGAGCUAAAAUGGUGGGUGUAAGACAAGACCAUUUUUUUUAUACUUGGGAAAUAGGGGUUUUCAGCUGAGGGUUCAGAGUCACAGUAAUUACAAAUUGUCAUAUUUUGGUCUCAUUUCAUAACAGAGUAAUAGACAGAUGGUGCAUAUGUUUCAGAUGUUAUUUAGUGACAUUUUACCAUUUCCAUUAUGCAUGCAUGCAAAAGAAAUUAGAUAAUGAGUCAUUAGCCAUAAUGAAUGAAAUCAUGGUCACAAAGCAGCAUGUUCUCUUAGUAAUAGGUCCAAGGUCACACCUUUUAAUUUAGAGAAUGUUUCAGCAUAGGUAUCAUCUGUUUAUCUUUUCUUUUUUAUAUGAUUCAUACCAAUUUUUUACAGAUUCUUGAAAAUACUAUGAAAUAUUCUCAAGCAGGGGAGGUUGUACAGUCAAGCAAAUAAGUGACUAAGCAAAAUUCAGAAACUUUUAGUUAAAACACAGAGGUGUCUGGUAACUGGAAUCAUUCAUGAAUAAAUAAGGAAAUGGUAUGACAGAAUUGCUUGUUAAUUUUAAAAGUACAUGUACCAUUUUAAUGGUAUGAAAGUGGAAUUCUUCUCCCAAUGAUUUUAGGUUGGCAUAUUUUUCUUCAAGUUUUACACAAUUAUUAGCUUUAUUUUAAUAUUAUAUUGUUUUUUACUCUUUUUUUAUUUACCAAUAUGAAUAUAACAUACUCAAGCUUUCCCAUGCUUUUAUCAGUUUUCAAGAAAUUUUAAAGGAUGGUCUAUAUAAUUAAUUCAGACACAUUGUUAACUCUGUCUGCUUUUAUGCAGUGUAUGAAUAUUGUAAAUUUAAUUUUAUUAUUGAUGCACACUGAAAAAGCAUGCUAUCUUGUAUCAAAAUAAAGGACACAAAACUAGCCAUCCACUAAAUAAUUCUCAAUUAUCCAUACAGAUAAUCAGGUGUCCCAUGAUAUUUUGUACUUACUCAUCCAAAAUCAGUUUGCAUUCACUUUAUCUUAUUGAAGUAUGAUGGUUAAGGUUUUAAGCAUGAAUAAAUAAUUAUAUAGCCAUAUUUUUCAUGAUAAACUUCCCUUUAUAGUGUUGUAGGAAAAUGUGCAAUGAAGUAAAGUUGCCAAAUGAUACUUCUUUUGAAUGAAAAUCAUUGUACAUCAUGCAGUCACUUAUUUGGCCAACUGUAUAUUUAAGUAUUAGAAAGUUUGAUUAUUCACAAAUAGCUUUAUAUAUAUCAUUGGUGAAUAUUCAGAACUUUGAUGUUGCAUUGCAAAUACUAAGCACAGGCAUCAAACUGACUAUUUACAUUAUACCACUCAUUAUUUACAUAAUCACAUGAAUGCUUUACAGUACCAUUACUUGUAGUCAUUACAAUGAUCAUCUUUUUUUUAAUGAUUAUAAGCCAGAUAUUUAUAUAGAUGUACUGGACUACUCAUUCAUUUAUUAAUUUCCAGAUGUCUGGACCUUUUAUAUUUGUUCACAUUUUUAUUUACCAUUUAGGGAAAUAGCAAAAUGCAUUGGGUGUUGGUUCGUUGGUCACAGAGGCAUUAAUGAUGCAGGGAAAUGCACAUGGGUCAUUAUUUAGCGUAGAAAGAUCCACUAUCAGUUACAAACAACUACUAAAUCAAAUCCGUCUAGUAUAUAGCCGUAGCCCGCAGCCUUCAAAAGUAUAAAUGAACAUUCAAAAGUUCAAUCACCCUUGAGAUUCUUUACAAAGAGAAUGAAUGUGUUGGAUAUGUGUGUUUCUUAGUAUUUGUGUAUUCAUGUGAUAUACAUAUACUGUAUAUCUGCAGUAUAUAUGCACAAGAGUAAAUGCCAAAUGAUAUGAUUACAUGUACAAGAAUAUGAUAUCUGCAAACAUAAUGGAAGUUGCAUUUCUUCUAUUUGUAUGUCAGCCAAUGAGAAUUUAGCAUGUGUUAACGUUAUAUAGUCCUUUGAACUCCACUUUUCCAAGCCAGAGGAACAAGCACAUGCCACAGUUCCCAGUGCAAAGAGGGACAAGACUAAAACUAUUCAGAUGUUUGAAAGGAGAAUUCCAAGUACAGUAUUUUAGCGGUUCACAUAUUAUUUAACACGGGGAUAUGUAGACCUCCCUUAUAACACUCAGAGGCAAAUAGUAAUGUCUGUCAAAUUCACCUUUAUGUGAAAGAUUCAUUUUUUGUAUUCAAGCUGGUAUAGUCUUGCACAGCUGUCAAGUGCCAAAUGUUAGAGUGCUUAUGCUUGAUAGACAGUAGUUUGGCGCAUAUAGGAAGAUACUUGUAGGGAAAGAGGCAUUUACCCAUCAAAGUUGUGAUUUUAAGCUGCAGAAGUGAAAGACUGUUAUCCAUUCCUGGUUCUGCCUUUCAUUUGUAAGAAAAUUAAGGGUAACAUAGCUGUUGCCACUCUUGAAAGGUAGUUUUUUCCUGUUCAUGCAUUAGGAGAUUAUGACUUUCACUCUGAAUUCAUGAUUGUUCCAUAGUAUUUCUUUCCAUGGAGGUGCAGAAAUCAUCUAGGGAAAUGAAAGUGGUAAGAAAGAGAAAAGAGAAGCAUACAUAUACACUUAUCUGACAAGAUUGCACACUUGUAAUUUGUUGACUUUAGAGAUUAUGUAUUGUGCAUCGAGAUGUAUAUAUUUACCAUACACUUUUACCACCUUGAUAUACAGGCAGUCUGUGAUGUUGCAGCACUAAAACUUAAUGUCUGCCUCUUUCUAUGUAAAAAAUUUACAUAUACACAAGGAAUAACAGAAGAUAUUACUGCAAGGAAUGUGGACCCUCCAGUUCAAGAAAUAUAUUAUUUUUCCUUUUUAAGUCUUUAUAUGCCAAAAGGAAUUUAAAGUUGAUUUAAAGAGAGAGAGAGAGAGUGAUUUUGAAAUAUGUUUUGAAAGUCACCAUGUCAGAAGUAAAUUUUUGAGGAAAAUUGCAUAGAAGUUUAUCUGAAAAGCUCUCUCUAGAUAGAUCAGUGGAAAAAUGUAGGUAAGAAAAGUAGAUGCAUUUCCAUGACAGUCUGGUGGGAUGGCAUUUGCACUUAUCCUACACUAUGUGUUUGUCUUUCAUAAGGACUAUGUUGCUAUGGCUUUAAGGUUAAACAUAGUUGGGCAUUUCUUCUUCCAGUUUCAAUAUCUAUUCCAUACUGUUGCCUUUUUUCCCAACUUUUUUCUCACAUGUUACUCUAUUUUUCUUUUUCUUGUUUAGUCUCUUGAUCUCACUCUCUGGUGUAUUUCCUUGUUUUGGAACAAAUAACUGUUAAGAGAAAUCAGAAAUUAGGGCAUGUGAGAUACAAUAUCACUAUGACUGUAAGUACUGUUGUAGUAACUAGAAAGAAGUCAUUGUGAAUUUUCCCAUUUACCUAUGAUAUAUGAACACAAUGCGCUCUAUGUAAAUAUUUAAAUCUUUGAGCUAUAACGUUUUUUCUUCUCUCUUUCUUUCUCUUAUUUGUCUCAUUAUUUUUGUUUUGUAAGUUAAUCUUACCUUAUAUAUUGCACUAUAUUCGGGAUAUUAAAGGUCAUAAUUGGUAUGCAUAGCAGCACAUGUCUGUAAUACAUGUCUCUUUGUAUGACAUGCUUUGAAUAAUCAUAAUGUAGCAAAUGAAUAUUUGUUGAGGAACUACCAUUUUCUAAUGUGUUUUUCUAUUAUUAUUGUAAGCUAAGAGGUGAAAUCAGUAAAUGGUAUGAUUAAUAGGUUACACUUAUUUGAAGGUACACAAAUAUGUUUAAGAAGAAAUACCAAAACAAACUAAAACUUGUAGUUUUAAGAAGGAAUAGCUAAUUUAGGAGUGGAAAUUUUAAGGAUGAAACCCAGAGAUGAGACUUUAAUGGAGGAAACUUGACAUAUUUGUCUUUCAGAUAUUUUAAGGCAGGAUCCAUGUUGUAUUUAUUACAUGAUGGAAGUUUUCUGUAUAUACAUUUUCUUUUCUUCCUCUCCUUCUUCAAGUAUGCUUUCACAUAACUCCGUUUCCUCCUCACUUUUCUAAUCUUUAUUUUCAGAAUAUGGAAGUUUAAUUGGGUAUGCAAAAGAGAAGUGCAAUAAAUGUUUUAUUUUUAAUUUAGGAGUUUAAAUUUUGAGAUGACAGUGAUACUAAAAGUUUAGGGUAGUCGGAUGAAAUGUUUAAACCAUAUAUAUUUAGCAGAUUUUGUUCUUGUUUUAUUUAUUAUUUUUUCAAGACCAGUUUCAUUUGGAAACUAGCAUUGUGAUUUAUUUCAGUGUAAUUUUUUCAGGAUUUUCUUGUUUGCUUUACUGCAAGUUUAUUUUGAUAUAAUUCAUUAGCAUUAACAUGAUCUCUUCUACAUAUUGUAAGACAUAUCACACUAUAUUUAGAAUAGAUAAUUUUUGUCUGGUCGUCUUAUGUGUAUUUUCAGUAUUAAUUUACAUUUUAAUAAGCAUUUAUUAGAUGCUGUUACACAUUUCUCUUUUCUUUUUACUUCUCAUCAGUUAAUGGAGCUUUAAAUGUUGAGCCAUUUUCUUUGUUAUUUUGUAAGUUAACAGCAAAUGCUUUGUUUUUAUAUGAAACAUUAUUUUACAUCAGCUCAAAAUAUGGUGUUAUUUUACUCAAGGUUCAAUAUUUUUUUCUGUUUUAAUAAUCAUUAUUCAUUUCCUUGGUAUGAAUGUAAUCUUUAUUCAGAAAUUAUUAUUAUUAAUAUUUUAAUGGUAUAAUUGGUUUUUUUUUCUUUACAUAUAUGGAUUACAUGUAAAACAGGGUAAUACAUUUGUUAAUUUCACAAGUGGAAUAACUAAAGAAGCCUAAAAGGAUAGGUUUUAUGUUGUAGUGUAAACUUCUUGUUAUUUGUAUAAUUUAUGAAAGGUUUUGUACUGUAUAUAUAUUUUUUCUUUGUUAUAAUGAGUAAAAAAUUAUUUCACUGGA